CCUUUCCCACGGCGCGCUGCGCUAGGCGCCCCCGCCCCCCUCCCCCACAGCCGGACCCUGCCCCGCCUCCAGCGCCCAGCCCCCCACGGCGUCCUCGGGCCCUACAAUCGCCGCAGCUGCAGCCGCUGCGCAGGUCAGUCCGGGAGGGGGCUUCAGGCUGCGGGCUGGGCGCCCGGCCUCGGCUAGCCUAGCCCCGAGGGGCGGGUCCCAGGGCCCCCCAGCCUCCGCCUCUGCCUCACCGGAGGGGCCGGGCCGCUUACGUCAGGGACCUGAAACGAAGAGGAAAAAAAAAAAAAAAAAAACAAACCCAAGCCAGGCGGGAGCGGAAGGGGAAAAACUUUUUCUUCUCUUUUUCUCCUCGGGGUUGAAGUGCGGAGCGGAGGCAGAGGCAGUCGCAGGCUCGUCGCCUGGGAAGUCGGGGCCUCCGGGUGGUCCCGCAGCCGCGGCCCAGGCCCAGGCGAGGGCUCGGGCACGGGCUUCGGCAGCCGCGCGCCCCCCGCUCCCGGGCCAGUAUGUGGGAGCCGGCGGACUUCGAGCGCCACUGGAGGGCCGAGUUCCCCGGGGAGCCGGUGCCCGCCAUGCAGCUGGACUCGGUGCCGGCCAUGGAGCUGGAGCUGGAGCGCUGCAAGCUCAACAUGAAGCGGCUGCAACAGGUGCUGGCCGAGGAGAAGUUCAAAGUCAUCUACCUGCAGACCGCCCUGGCCCGGGAGAAGCGGGGCUACGACUGCGACCGCUGGGGGGGCUGCGGCGGCGGGGAGCACGGCGGCUCCGGCUCCGGCCCCGCGGAGGAGGAAAGGGAGAAGGAGGCGCCGGCCACGGAGCUGCCGGAGCAGCCUCAGCCCGAGCCCCAUGCGGGGCCCACCACGGCGGACAGCGGCCCGGGCGGCCCCGCCGCAGCCCCCCCGACCAGGUCUCCCCACUAUGUCAACCUGGAGUUUCCUGCGUGGCUGGGGGCGCCCGGGGAGGGGGGCGCCGUGCGGAGCUUGACUGCCGCCAUCCACCAGCAGCUGCAGCAGCCGCAGCUGCUCCUGAGGCCCCGGGAGGAGCCUCAGUCCGAACCCGAGCCAGAGCGCUCCCCCGGGGACGCCCGGCAGCCUGAGGAGCCCGUGGAGCAGUCCCCGGUCUUGGUCACCCCGGCCCCCGGCGCCAGCCCAGAGGAAGGCGAGGAACUGUCCCCUGGGGAGCCCGAGGCCCUGGGCGCCGCCGACGAGGGCGGGGACAGCAGCGACCACGACUUCGAGGUGGUGGAUCUGAACGAGAAAUUCGUCCUGGGGCACCUGCUGCUAGCACCCUGCCGCUUCCUGCCCCGCGAGGACGCGUCCGAGAAGCCCCUCCGGGCAGGGAGCCCCCAUCGCUGGCUGCACCUGAUAGGAGGCAAACGGCACCGGCGAAGCCGGGACCUGGACCAGCUGGAGGCGGAGGGCAAGGACGGGCGGUGCUCACCUCUGCCUCCGGAGGACCCCCACUCCCGCAGGGCCCGGGAGCAUCUCCCACCCUGGAGGCGCAAAAGGUUCUUGGGGGUGCCAGGGCGAGACUCGCCGGGCCAUAGCUCCCCCGAGAGGGGCAGCGACUGCAGCUACAACAGCUCAGACCACGAGGAUGUCUCCUCCGCAGACUUCAGCUACGGGGCUGACGACUACGACGGGGAAGGGAAUGAGGAGCAGAAGGUGCCACCCGAGGGCUCGGAGACCAUGCCGUACAUCGACGAGUCGCCCACCAUGUCCCCUCAGCUCAGCGCCCGAAGCCAGGGAGGUGGGGAUGGCAUCCUGCCCACCCCCCCGGAAGGUUUGGGACCUGCGGUGGAGGCAGGGAAAGGACUGGAAAUGAGGAAGCUGGUUCUCUCAGGCUUCCUGGCCAGUGAAGAGAUCUAUAUCAACCAGCUGGAAGCGUUGCUGCUGCCCAUGAAGCCCCUCAAGGCCACAGCUACCACGUCCCAGCCUGUGCUCACCAUCCAGCAGAUCGAGACCAUCUUCUACAAGAUUCAGGACAUCUAUGAGAUCCACAAGGAGUUCUACGACAAUCUCUGCCCCAAGGUGCAGCAGUGGGACAGCCAGGUCACCUUGGGCCACCUCUUCCAGAAACUGGCCAGCCAGCUCGGCGUGUACAAAGCCUUUGUGGACAACUACAAGAUCGCCCUGGAGACGGCCGAGAAGUGCAGCCAGUCCAACAACCAGUUCCAGAAGAUCUCCGAGGAGCUCAAAGUCAAAGCCCCCAAGGACUCCAAGGACAGCCACACGUCCAUCACCAUGGAAGCGCUGCUUUACAAGCCCAUCGACCGUGUCACGCGGAGCACCCUCGUCCUGCACGACCUCCUCAAGCACACGCCAGUAGACCAUCCCGACUACCCGUUGCUCCAGGACGCCCUGCGGAUCUCCCAGAACUUCCUGUCCAGCAUCAAUGAGGACAUUGACCCCCGCCGGACUGCAGUCACCACCCCCAAGGGAGAGACCCGGCAGCUGGUGAAGGAUGGGUUCCUCGUGGAGAUGGCCGAGAGUUCGAGGAAGCUUCGACACGUUUUCCUCUUCACGGACGUCCUGCUGUGUGCCAAGCUGAAGAAGACGUCUGUGGGAAAACACCAGCAAUAUGACUGUAAGUGGUACAUCCCACUGGCCGACCUGGUUUUCCCCUCCCCAGAGGAAUCGGAGCCCAGCCCCCAAGUGCAUCCCUUCCCAGACCAUGAACUGGAGGACAUGAAGAUGAAGAUCUCUGCUCUCAAGAGUGAAAUCCAGAAAGAGAGAGCCAGCAAAGGUCAGAGUCGAGCGAUUGAGAGGUUAAAGAAGAAAAUGUUUGAGAAUGAGUUCUUGCUGCUGCUGAAUUCUCCAACAAUCCCCUUCCGGAUCCACAACCGCAACGGAAAGAGCUACCUGUUCCUCCUGUCCUCAGACUAUGAGAGGUCGGAGUGGAGAGAAGCAAUUCAGAAGCUGCAGAAGAAAGACCUCCAGGCCUUUGUCCUGAGUUCCGUGGAGCUCCAGGUGCUCACGGGGUCCUGUUUUAAAUUGCGAACUGUUCAUAAUAUUCCCGUCACCAGCAAUAAAGACGAUGAUGAAGCCCCGGGUCUCUAUGGCUUCCUGCACGUCAUCGUCCACUCCGCCAAGGGCUUCAAGCAGUCGGCCAACUUGUAUUGUACGUUAGAGGUGGAUUCCUUCGGCUAUUUUGUCAGCAAAGCAAAAACCAGGGUAUUUCGGGACACGACAGAGCCCCAGUGGAAUGAGGAGUUUGAGAUCGAACUGGAGGGCUCCCAGUCCCUGCGGAUCCUCUGCUACGAGAAAUGCUAUGACAAGACCAAGGUCAACAAGGACAACAACGAGAUCGUGGACAAGAUCAUGGGCAAAGGGCAGAUCCAGCUGGACCCGCAGACCGUGCAGACGAAGAACUGGCACAUGGACGUGAUCGAGAUGAACGGGAUCAAGGUGGAGUUCUCCAUGAAAUUCACCAGCCGGGACAUGAGCCUGAAGCGGACCCCGUCCAAAAAGCAGACGGGCGUGUUUGGGGUGAAGAUCAGCGUCGUGACAAAGCGAGAGCGCUCCAAGGUGCCCUACAUCGUCCGGCAGUGCGUGGAGGAGGUGGAGAAGAGAGGCAUCGAGGAGAUCGGGAUCUACCGGAUUUCGGGGGUGGCCACGGACAUCCAGGCGCUGAAGGCCGUCUUUGACGCCAACAAUAAGGAUGUGCUGGUGAUGCUGAGUGACAUGGACAUCAAUGCCAUUGCAGGGACCUUGAAGCUCUACUUCCGGGAGCUCCCCGAGCCCCUCCUCACAGACAGACUCUACCCGGCCUUCAUGGAGGGCAUUGCCCUCUCCGAUCCUGCCGCCAAGGAAAACUGUAUGAUGCACCUUCUCCGGACGCUUCCUGACCCCAACCUUAUCACUUUCCUCUUCUUGCUAGAACACUUGAAAAGGGUUGCCGAAAAGGAGCCCAUCAACAAGAUGUCCCUUCACAACCUGGCCACUGUGUUUGGCCCCACAUUACUGAGACCGUCCGAGGUAGAGAGCAAAGGACACCUGACCUCGGCCUCGGACAUCUGGUCUCACGAUGUCAUGGCACAGGUCCAGGUCCUCCUCUAUUACCUGCAGCACCCACCCAUCUCCUUUGCGGAGCUGAAACGGAACACACUGUACUUCUCCACGGACGUUUAGCACAGGCCUGGGCGGCUCAGGGCCCGCCGCAGGCUCCGGGGCUCAGCACAGACUUGACAAAACAAUCGACGGACCCCCAACAAACCUAUGGAGCAGCCAGCCAAGGGAAGCGGAGAAUGGCGCGCGCCUCCUGUGCGGCCUUGUACAAAGCCGGCCUCGUCCUGCCCCCGCCCCGUCGCCCGCUGUGUCCGCGCCCGAUGCCCCGCGCCCGCGGAACGUCCCUCUUAGAUUUGUCACCGAGGCCGCGGGGCCGGGCACCCGGACGCCCGCCCCCGCUUUCUGCCCUCUGGCAUUUUCGUUCCUUCCGAGUCUAACGCAAAGGUUUUUCGUUUGCUCUGUGACUUCUGCCAAGCCACCUGCCCCGGCCGGCUCCCCGGAGCCCCCGCUUUGCUCCCACCCCAUUCCCUGCAUGCGAAGCCUGGGCCGGGUCCCCUGGUGGGGCAGGGCCCUCGGAAGUGCCGGAUCCAGCCUCGCCGCCUGCGGGCACCGGACCGUGAGACGGGGCUGCGCCACCCCCGGCUCGGAGCAGGGGCCCGGGGACCCUGGGGGGAGCUGGAGCCCAUUGCCGGGAGGCCGCAUCGCCCCGUUUUCUCCCCCGCCUUUCAGUUCCCUUCCCCCUAGUAUUUCGCCCUCUGUGUCAGACUCAUGGGGGGUGACCUGCUAUCCAGCCGGGGUUCGGGUCAUUCUCCCUGAUCCCCAUCUGCCAAAGGUCUUGGAGAAGAACCGCUCUUCUGACCCCAAUCUGGGGGACGCAGGAGUUUGGGCCCCUUCCCCCUAUUUUGUGUUCACAAGUUGAAAAGUGAGAGGUACCGAGCACGGCCCUUAGAAAGGAGAGGAAGGGCGGGGCUACAAGUGAGGGGGACCUGUCUUGGGGGGCCGUCUGCCCUAGGGCCACAAAUAGGACCCUCCCACCUCCUCAGUCGCUCCGCCUUAGACCCUGCCCUCUGCAGCCAGGCCCUGCAGCCCCUGUGCCCACUGAGCCCCACCAGGAGGGGUGGGUCAGCUACAGUGGGGCCCCAACCCAGGAUGGGAACAGCUCAAGGCCCUGGCCUCCCUGGUGCUGCCCAUUCAGACGCUCUUUCUCCCCUGCCUGGCUUCCCAGUGACCCUCCUGCCCAGCUACAGAAAGGGGGUGGGGAGCCCUUCAGCCUGGCCGUGGGGAGCACCGACUUGCCCUCCUCAGCCAAACACUGCAGCUCCGUGGUGUGACUGGGGAGAGCAAGCUGGGCCCCGUCCCCUGGGAGCCCAAGAGCAGAGGAGCUUCCAGGUCUGCACCCAGCCCGGGCCUGGCGGGCCCAUGGAGUUCUCCAGACCGGGACACGAGCCGGCUCCCUGGCUGAGUGUUUUGGAAGAGGAGACCCUCUCCGAAUCGGAGACCAGCCUGCAUGGCUGGUGCUGGGGGCCAGACCGUCAAGGGCACCUCAAAGAUGUCUCCCCUCCCUCUCUGCCCCCUUCUCCCCCAUUGCCCAGGCUGGAGGUGGCCGUGCUCGGGCAGUGUCAGGGAGAGGGAGGCCCACUGGCAAGACACAGGGAAGAGCAAAGCCCCCCCGGUCCAGAGGCCCUAGUAGCCUGGCACACCUAAGUCGGCCUUGCUGCAGUUCUAGGUGGAGAGCUCGCCUGGGGGCUCUCACCCCAGCCCCCACCAGAAGAGAGGGAGGGGCUGCUGCCACCUGGAGAUUGGCAUAGGCAAGGAGGGCAAGGUAGUGACUGGAGGGAAACGUUUAUCAAAAAAUCCACAUGGUUAGAAGGGUACUAGGGCAGGACAAAGCCCUGCAAGCGAGGGACUGCGUGGCCCAGGCGCCCAGAAAGCAGGCUGCAGCGUCCUCCCCGCUCCACGUCACCUUGUCCUCUUCCACGCAGGGGCCCGGGAGAUUUGGAGAGGUUUGCGGAUACCGGUAGGAUAGGACUGUUCAUUAAGGAUAUAUUUUUUUGUCUGUGUCGUUUCAAUUAUGUAGAUUAUUAUAAAUGGAUGUAAACCACGUGAGAGGAAAAUGUUAAUAAAAAUGCAAAGCUCCAACGUUUGCACAAAACA